AACUCUGCAGGAGAGGCAGGCAGGGAGGGAGGGAGGGACGGACAGACAGACGGAGCUGCUCCUCUCUGCUCUCACCUCCCUUUGAGCUUACCAGAGCUCUGCCUGCUGUGGAGGCCCGAGGCAUGGGGACGAGGGGAUGGACUCUUUCCACCUUUGUGGGAUGCUGCGUAUGGAUUCUGCAUGGGCUCGGGGCUGCUGCUGCUGUCCCUGUCACUACCGAGGGGCCAUUUGCUACAGGGACAGCUUCUCCCAUCACAGCAGAGAGUGAGGGGCCCCGUGACGUGGUGAUGGGCACUGUGGAGACAAGCACCACAGUAGCUGAUGCUGAGAGAGCUGGGAGCAGCCUCACGGGGAGCCCAUCGAGCACACCCUUCCCUCUCGGGGCUGAGCCAGACGUUUUGGUGACAGCGGUGAGCGAAUACAGCUCUACAGUACCAACACUGACAAACGUGACCAAACCUCUUAACACGUCUCAGGAUAUUGAGAAGAGUUUGGCUGCUCCCACUGCAGCCACGGCUGCUGCCGCCAUCUCCUCACAGCACCCAGCUGUCACACCAGAAACAGAACUUGAUGUAACAGGGGCUGCUCCCGAAGCCCCCCUGGGGACCACCCCUCUCUUUGCAGAUGUUAAGGAGGACAUCCUUGCGGCCGUGACCAGAGAAGGAGCAGAAGACCUAGACCCCACCUCUGUCGCAGUGUCCCUCCCCACCACCCCUUCACUGGCAGCCUCCUGGGGGGCACAGCCAACUGCUGGCAGCCCCGUGGGUGCCAGUGUCACCAUGCUGUUGAGCCAAGGGCUGACCACAGCCGUGGGAGCAGUUGAGGAAGGUGUAACCCUGCCUGGGGGUAUUCAAAGCGAAGCCAGUGCCAACUCCUUGAGCCCCAUCCCUGGUGCUGGGUGGCUGCUUACAACCCAGCAGGAUGGAGUGGUGAGUGGGGCUGUGGACAUCACCCCAGAGCCAGUGGGAGAAAUGGCCCCAGCUGUCGAGGAAAGUCUCUCAGCUUCAGUUCCUGGAGAUGCAGUAAAUGAUGAUUUCAGCAUAGCCAGCUCAUCCCACCCAACAGUGUUGGGAACAGUGGGAAACCCAGGGGAGCCCUCCCUCCUGCCUGGCCAGGCAGUGCUGAGCCCGACUGCCUCAGUGGCAGCGGCCAGUGGUGGGGACAAGGAAGGGCAGGGAGCUCCCGGGGUGUCCUCAGAGGGUCCUGGAUCAGCCCUGUCACCCGCUGCUAACGAGGUGCCUGAGGUGACAGGGGACACAGCCGCAUCACUGCUGGCUCCAAGUGUUCCCACUGAUGCACAGAGUGACAUGAAUCGCCCAGUCCCGGCCACUGCGCUGCCCACAGGGGAUGUGGGUCUGACCAAACUACCCCUGCAUCCUGUCCCAUGGCAGAACCCCACCGGAGAACACCCACCACUGCUUUCUGCUGCUCUGCCAUCCCUCACGGACAUCCCCGGCACUCCUGGGGCUGCUUACCCACCCCUGGGGGAUGGAACCAGCACUCUGUCUGCAGCUGAUGAUAAGGAAGAGACACUAGUGAGUCCAGACCUCAGUGCUGCCCAGGGAGCACCUGUGUCUCCAUCCUUCGGGGGGUCACAGCCAUGGGGGACAGCAGCCAGUGCUCCCCAGGGAGCCGAUGGACCUGGCACUAGCUUGAGUUCAGCUUCAGAUGCCCCCAAACCAGGAUCUUCUGUACCAGGAUCUGAUGGACUGGCAUGGCCCACUGGGGUCCAGGAUCCAGGGGCUGAGGGUGCAGAGGACACGGCACAGGCAGGAGGUCCAGGGGAUGGCAGUUCCUAUGCAGGUACCCAGAGUGACACGAGUCCUUCAGCUGUCAGCACUCAGCAGGGUCCCACUAACACCGGAGAGCUGCCGGCUGGAGGAACAGGAGAUUUGGUGGAUGCUGAACUGUCCCCUCCAUCAGCUCUUGGGGAUGGAGCAGGAGCAACGUCGGCACUGGGACAAGUGUCCCCACUUGGUCCCGCACCUCCCAGCAGUGCUGGGCUGCAGCCCGACCUUUCAGGGGCUGAAGGACCAGGAGACCUGCCCGGUGAAUUCCCCAGUGCUUCUGGGGCUGCUUACCCACCCCCAGGGGCUGCGGCUGGCCCCGUGUCUGGGGCAGAGACACCAGUGAGCGCAGACCUAGGUGCUGCCCAGGGAGCACCCGUGUCUCCAUCCUUCGGGGAGUCACAGCCAUGGGGGACGGCAGCUGGUGCUCCCCAGGGAGCAGGUCUCCCUGGAGCCAACGGAGCAGGUACUGACUUGACUUCGGCAGGGGAUGUCCCCAGCUCAGCGGUGUAUGGACCAGCAGGAUCCCCAUCAUCUGCCCUCGAGGACCAGCUUGGCACAAACCUGGGGCUGCCGGCAGCAGAGGGACACGGAGGCGGCGCGGCAGAGUCGGUGCUGGGAGGAGCAGGCAGUGGGACUGGGUUUGAGCCAUCACUGGUCUCUGCUGCAGGCAGUGGGACGGCGGCUGAGGUGGACCAAGUGCCUGGUGCAGGUUCCUCAUCUGGUCCUGCCUCUCCCAGUGAUGUGGUGGCAGCAUCCUCUGUUUCAGAGGGUGAUGGAGCAGGACCCAUCCCAGAUGCAGCCCCUGGCCCUGACAACCUGUCCCCAUCCUCUCCAGACAGUGAAACUGGCCCAGAGCUCUCUCUGGUGCAGGGGCCUGAGACCACAGGGGAUGUGGCACAGGCAGGAAAUUCAGAGGGUGAAAGUCCCUACAUGGAGAAAAUUCCUUCAGCCGUCAGCACUCAGCAGGGUCCCACUAACACCGGAGAGCUGCCGGCUGGAGGAACAGGAGAUUUGGUGGAUGCUGAACUGUCCCCUCCAUCAGCUCUUGGGGAUGGAACAGGAGCAACGUCGGCACUGGGACAAGUGUCCCCACUUGGUCCUGCACCUCCCAGCAGUGCUGGGCUGCAGCCCGACCUUUCAGGGGCUGAAGGACCAGGAGACCUGCCCGGUGAAUUCCCCAGUGCUUCUGGGGCUGCUUACCCACCCCCAGGGGCUGCGGCUGGCCCCGUGUCUGGGGCAGAGACACCAGUGAGCCCAGACCUAGGUGCUGCCCAGGGAGCACCCGUGUCUCCAUCCUUCGGGGAGUCACAGCCAUGGGGGACGGCAGCUGGUGCUCCCCAGGGAGCAGGUCUCCCUGGAGCCAACGGAGCAGGUACUGACUUGACUUCAGCAGGGGAUGUCCCCAGCUCAGCGGUGUAUGGACCAGCAGGAUCCCCAUCGUCUGCCCUCGAGGACCAGCUUGGCACAAACCUGGGGCUGCCGGCAGCAGAGGGACACGGAGGCGGCGCAGCAGAGUCGGUGCUGGGAGGAGCAGGCAGUGGGACUGGGUUUGAGCCAUCGCUGGUCUCUGCUGCAGGCAGUGGGACGGCGGCUGAGGUGGACCAAGUGCCUGGUGCAGGUUCCUCAUCUGGUCCUGCCUCUCCCAGUGAUGUGGUGGCAGCAUCCUCUGUUUCAGGUCCAGGCAGCCAGAAUGCCCUCGGAGGGGCAGAUGGUGCUCUUGGAGCUCUGCAGCCUUCCCUGGGUGCUGGGCCUGGAGCCCCUCCUGCUGCAGAAGGGGCAGGUGAAACGGCUGGUGACGGAGGGUCCCUGGGGCAGUCCCAGGCCCCUGCUGGAGAGGGAUCAGCUGGUUCAGGAGCCCCUGACAAAGAAAUGGGAGCCGUGCUGCAGUCUGCGUCUUCUUCCCCAUCUACAGAGGGGUCUUCAUCAGCUGGGACAGCUGGUGAGGCUGCUAAUGGAGCGAGCCUUCCUGGAGCUGGUGGAGCUGGCAGUGGCUUGAGCACAGGCUCGGAGGCUGCUGGCCCUGAGGAACCCCCUAUGUCUGCCCCCGGCAUCCAGAGUGGUGCCAAUCUUGGACUUUCUGAUGCAAAACUGAGCCAAGUCAAUGUGGUGGAGGCGCCUGGAAGAGCCUCAGUGAACGGGGAGCCUUCCCCUGGUGCCAGCCUGGGAGAGGGCACAGGAGCCAUCACACAGACUGCAUCGGGAGCGCUGGCCCCGUCCACCCUCACCUCUCCCCAGGAGAUGCAGUCCUCAGUCCCGGUGGCUCCAAAUGGCAGUGGCAUCUCUGACAGCAUGUCCACCUCACUGACAGCUUCUCUGCUUCUUCCUGGGCAUGAGCUGAACUCAGGGCUGACACCCAACGGGGACCCCCGCUCUACCCCCGGCACCCAGAGUGAGAGCAGACCCCUGGUGCCAGGGGCACUGGGUGGGCUGGCAGGAGAUGCUGGAGGCGGUCAGACAUGGUCUCUUGAAGAUGAGGUGGCCUCAGGGAUGCUGGCACCUUCGGGAGAAGUGUCCCCCCAUGCCCUCACAUCCCCCAAUACCGUCCCGGCACUGCUUUCUGCUCCACAGAGAGAAACUGCUGCGGAGGGGGUGUCCACCAGCCCCGGGCUUGCUGCUCCCCUUUCAGCACUUGCAGCUGUGCCCCUCUAUGGAUAUGGAACAAGGGAAAAUGAUUGGGAGUAUGUGGAAAGAAAGGUGGAUUUUAAUUCUCCGCUUUUCAAGCCAGAGACUGGAUUCCCGUUUGGGAAAAAACUGCACAACUCUCUCUACUUUACAGACAACGGACAAAUCAUUUUCCCAGCCUCAGACAACAGCAUCUUCACGUACCCCAACCCUCCUCCCAGCGGCUUCAACGGUCACGAGGAGGUUCCCAUGAUUGCUGUGUUUUGGGACAACGCUGACUUUUCCAAAGGCGUCGGGACCACCUUUUACCAGGAGUUCCUCACCCUUAACACGGCCAAGCCUCCAUUUGUCCGUGAUGUGGAAGCGAAGAUUCGGCGGUAUCUGAGGUCCUCCUACUCCGCUGCCUGGACCCUGAAGAUCACCUGGGAGAAGGCACCUGCCUACACAGCAUGGACCGACACCCGGAGGACGAUCACAUACCAGGCAGUCCUGACCACUGAUGGCUUCAGGUCCUACGUCUUGAUGCUGUACCAGGAGGGAGGCAUGCAAUGGGAUUACACCAGGCUUGCUGCCACCAACGCGCUCAUCGGCUACACCAGUGGGGAUGGCUUUUACCGCAACGAUGACCUGACUCGGAGACCUCCAGCUGCUAAAUAUCGCCCUGACCAGUUCAGGGGCUACAACACAGACCUCCGUGGGCUGUGGAUUUACAAGCUGGAGAGCCGCGUGGGUGUCAACUACCGGCUGAAGUGCCUGGCGUGGACGGGGCGGCAGCAGGAGCCGCAGGCGUGGAGCCGGGGCCUGCCCGCCUGCCCCUGCUCCCUGCAGCAAGGGCAGCAGGACCCACGAUUCAAGAGCAGCCGGGGAGGCUGGUGGGCUGCCCGUGUCUCCAUGCUGCACUCGGCCUCCCCCAACCAGCACGGUGCCGGCGUCCGCUGCCUGUACGACGGCCAGAGCCAGCUCAUCGAGGGGCGGCAGGAGAGGUACUGGAGGUCCUCCAGGCAGGCGUCCCCGUACCGUGACCAGGAGCUGAAGUUGUACGACUGGUGCUGUAACCAGGCGGGCAGCGCCCGCCUCUGCGCCCGCUACAACGAGAAGAGACCCAAGAUUGGCUGUGAUGGAUACCAGUCACCCGGCACGGGCUCCUCGGAGGAGGCAGAGAGUGACUCAGAGGAGCAGAGAGAUGAAGAGGACAAGUAACUGGGGAGUUGCACACCUGCAGCACAGUCUGGGCCAUGGUUGAUCCUCCAAGUCCUUUGCUCCUGCUCAUACCCUGUCACCCCCUGCUCCCCACAGCACCCAUCACCCCUGCCCACCACGUAGGGCAGCUCACUCGGCCAGUGCCUGCAGUUGCCUUCACUGGCACAAAUUCAUGUUUCUAACUCAGACUUGUCCCAAGGAGCCAGUUGCUUUAGUUGCUCUUCCCCAGAUGCAGCUGAGCGGGUGACCGUGGGCAUCUCCUUGCUGGUGGGGAGGUGGGCAGGUACCCCCCACAUGUCCACCACCCCCAUCCUCCCUGCACCACUCUGCACCUCUCACAAUGCGGGGUGAGGGUGACCCCCUCGGAACUUGGGGAAUGGGGUUUUUGCACCUUGUGUGGGUUGACUGUGACCAAGCCCCCGAGUGCUGCAGUGCGCCAGGCUUGCCCUGUGAGCUGGUCCUGUCUUGUCCCCCACUUCUGUCCCCCAGCCACCCCUCCCCAGGCCCUGUGCCCACGAGCAGGGGUGAUUCUGUGGAUCAAACCAGAGUCUGCUUGAUGUAUCUGCUGGGUGUGUGAAGGCAAAAAUCAACCCCAUGAUCAGAAACGUUGGGAGAAUAAUAUUUUUUUUUAUGCAUAAGAGAGCAUCCACUUUUCUUAAAGAAAAAAAAUAAUAAUAAAUCCUUGUAAAAUCUUGUCUGUUCAAUAAAGCCUCCAAGGGGUCUGAGCAUCA